AUUCUCACAACUUCACCGAGCUUUAACAAAACAUUGAUAUAAAAGAGAAAAAGAGAGCUGCAAAGCCGUCUUCUGCUACCUGCAAGAUAAUGGUACACCGUUGAGAAAUGACAUUUCGACCACGUUUCGUACUGUCGUGCAGGUGGAGCCUCGUCGUCGGGAUCUUGCUGUUAUGCGGUGUAUCGCGACAUGUGUCAUACGGCGAGGACACAACUAACCUAAAUACAAGCGGGAUCGUCACUGAGAACAAGAUCACGUUCGCGGUGACGAACGCUCCAGUCAUUCCGAAUGUCACAACAAACGUGAACAUAUCACCUGAAGUAUCUAGCACAACGCGAUUUGCAAACAGUACAAGCUACGUUGUCAGUCAUAAUGUUAGUUCAACCACUACGAAACCGCCACCAUCAUCAUCCGCAAGCACGGUGCAACCUGACAAUGUUGCGAGCGAUCAAACGACCGAGAGAAGCAGUGCGACACCUCCAAGUCCCAUCAAUGACAGGAACACAUCAGAUAUCCCUGUGUCAUCGCAGAGUCCAGAUGCUGUCAAUUCAACCAAUACCACCACGACUACAGCCGCUCCAGCAGAGCCGGUCCUGCCUGACAAGGGCUCUGCUGAAGAAGAGCACAACAGCUCCAUGUCUAUAUUUUUUGUACUGUGCGUCCUAGCGCUAGGCAUAUUGUUAAUACAUUUGAUGCUGCAGACUAAUUUCCAGUAUCUUCCCGAGUCAGUGGUGAUCGUUUUCCUAGGCGCUGCGAUUGGCAUGAUCAUAAACCUCAUGUCACAUCAGAAUAUUGCAAACUGGAGGAAGGAGGAAGCCUUCUCGCCGACCGCAUUUUUCCUAGUCUUACUUCCACCCAUUAUCUUUGAAUCAGGAUAUAAUCUGCAUAAGGGAAACUUCUUCCAGAAUAUCGGCAGUAUCAUGGUAUUUGCCAUCUUUGGAACGGCUAUCUCUGCAUUUGUCAUCGGUGCUGGAAUAUAUCUUCUAGGUCUGGCAAAAGUAGCAUACAAGCUUAGCUUUGUUGAAAGCUUUGCCUUUGGGUCGCUAAUAUCAGCGGUAGAUCCGGUCGCCACAGUUGCAAUUUUUCACGCUCUGGAUGUUGAUCCAGUCCUGAACAUGUUAGUCUUUGGAGAAUCAAUUCUCAAUGAUGCUAUUUCUAUCGUAUUGACCACCUCCGUCCUAGAGUCUAACAACGCGGCGACAACCAGCGAGGCUAUCAUACUUGGUCUGAAUCGAUUUUGCCUCAUGUUCUUUGCAUCUGCGGGUAUUGGCGUGGUAUUCGCUUUAAUAAGCGCGUUGCUGUUGAAGCAUGUAGACCUCAGGAAAAAUCCAUCUUUGGAAUUUGGCAUAAUGUUAGUGUUUACGUAUGCUCCAUAUGUUUUAGCAGAAGGCAUACAACUGUCAGGAAUUAUGGCGAUUCUAUUCAACGGGAUAGUCAUGUCGCACUACACACAUUUCAAUUUAUCAACUGUUACGCAAAUUACAAUGCAGCAGACAAUGCGAACUUUAGCAUUCAUUGCUGAGACCUGCGUUUUUGCAUACUUGGGAUUAGCAUUGUUUAGCUUUAGACAUAGGGUAUUUCCUUAAACGCUUUUAAUUCAAUUUUCUUUUUUUUAAAGAGCUGCCAAUAUCUUUCCAUUGGCCUUACUCGUUAAUCGUUUCCGCGAGCAUCAAAUUACGAGGAAGAUGAUGUUCAUCAUGUGGUUUAGCGGCCUGCGCGGUGCUAUUUCGUACGCAUUGUCGCUCCAUUUAGAUUUUAGUGAUGAAACACGCCACGUUAUUAUAACAACGACGCUUAUCAUCGUAUUGUUCACAACUUUAAUAUUCGGUGGAUCCACUAUGCCUCUAUUGAAAUUUUUAAGGGCCGAAAAGAAGCAGAAAAGCAACAGCAGGCGGAAGAAAAAGGAUAAGGAAGUUACAUUGAGCAAAACGAGAGAAUGGGGACAAACCAUUGAUUCCGAACACUUGUCGGAACUCACGGAAGAGGAAAUGGAAGUAUCCUUCUUGCAAUCGCGAAUUCGUGGUUUCGCAAGAUGGGAUCUGAAAUUUUUCAUUCCGUUCUUCACGAGACGAUUUACGCAGCAAGAGUUGAAGGAUUGUAAAUCACAGAUGACAGAUUUGACGAAUCAAUGGUACCAAGCAAUCAGAAUUAGUCCAAUAGAAUCGGAUGACGAAGCGACUACGGCAUCAACCGCACAAUUGAAUUUGAAUAUCACUGGAACAGCUAAGGAACAACCGCGCGGGAAGGAGAAGAAUGGACGUCCUAGACACGGGUCUAUAUUAAGUAUUUAAUUUAUUUUGUGUGUGUGUGUGAUGUGUCCUUAAGUGUGCUGAACUAUGUGCUUUUAAAUUAUAUUGCCUGUAAAUGGGUGUAUAUAUAAAUAUUUAUUAAUACUAUUAUUAAAUCUAUGAUAACAGUAUAAAUAUUUUCACAAGAAUAAGAAUUCGUUUUCAUCAAAACUGCAACAUUACUCUAUUCUCAUGAACUGAGAGCUUUUAAGAUUUUCUCUAUUUAAACUUAGUGCAGAACUUGUCUUUGAUUUUAAAUUUGCUUAAUAUUAUUACAUGACGUUUCAUUAAUGCACUUCAUUGAUAUUUGAAUGGCAUAUGGAAAGUUAUUUCAUAUAAUUCGCUAAUUAUUAUAGUUUGUGGACAAUUAUAUGGAAAGAGAAAGAGUAGUGAAACAUUGUCAGUUUGCACAGCCAAUUCUAUACAGCUACAAUAUGAGUGAAAUUUUUCUAAGAUGUUAAUAAUUGUCCCUUGUAUAUCAUAUUUUUGUAAUUUAUUUGUUUCCGCCUAAUAUUUACACGUAUCUGUAUAAUUACAAACAUUAUUAUAUUAUUGCUUAUAUAGUGAACAAGUGUAUUGUCCAAUAUGCUUGCCUUAUUCAAAAGCAGCUUGGCAAUGGUGAUGGGCAGUAAAUUGAUUUCAUCAAGAUCGUAAAAUAUUAACAGAAGUAUUAUUAAUUUGCAGAGCUGAGGAGGAUUGGUCUGAUUAAAGUCCAACUUAUUUCCACAUAUAUAUUUUCUCCUGUGGAAUAUAUUAAUCUCUUAUUCCAUGUGUAAUUCUUUAAUAAUAUUGAAUAAUAUUGAAUAAUAUUGAAUACUUGUUGAAUUAAUGAAGAUUGUUUAGACUAUUUAGAGACUAUGUGAUCUGAUAUUUUCGUUAACAUUAGAGAUAUGUACAAAUAACAGAUUUCUAUUUAUGUUAAUCUUGUUGUGCAUAUUUUUAAUUAUUCUAAAAUUAAAUUAUAUAUGAAAGUAAAAAAUUAUAAUAACCAGGAAACAACGAAGUCUCGUAAUGUGCCGAUAGUAAUAUUGCAUAUUUUAUUUAUUUAAUAUUAUUUAUCAAUCAUACAAUUAUAUAAUUAUAUAUUAAUAGCUAUUAGUUACUUCAAUAACUGAUAAGCUAUUCGAAAAGAACUUGAUAAAAUUAAUGGUAAAUUGAUUGAAAUAAUUUACAACAGUCUGUAUUCUUAUUAUCUCUUUCAUAAAAUUUUAAUCUUGUAAAAAAAGUGCAUUGUUAUCUAUAUUAGUACAAUGUUUAUGCCAGUAUUUCUUAGUAUUUAUGAUAUGAAAUUGAUUAUACAUUUGAUCUUGCCAAAAUAUUGUAGCAUUGAAAGUAUUUAAUUUGAACGAACAGAGAAAAUUGUAAGAAAUUAAAAUUAAAAGGAUCCGUUUCCUAUUAAUUACCUGCGACGAUAUUAUUGUGAAGAGGAAAUACGUAUAUCAUGUGAAUAAUUACCAGCACGUUUUCGUAUCAUAUCAUUCGUGGGAGGAAUGUGUUAUCUUCUUCCUUUAGGCCGAGCGUUAACCCAGCUGAAUUUUGUAGUUAGAAAUCAGCUGGCGGAAAAUAUGCGAGUAUAUCUUAUGUUCUACUGUUAAGAAUAAUCAUGUGAAAUAUAACCGAUUUGGCAGGCAAUACAAAUUCAUUUUGUAACUAAGGAUGUAUAAGCGGGAAAGUAUAUUCACGGAAUUGCGGAACGAAUUUCGUUCAAGUAUUCUCUCAUUCUCUUCGUCCAAUAUUCGAAAGAUGCAUAUAUACAUUAAGAAAAACGUGAACAUAUUGUACAUUACACUUUGUACGAUCGUAGUCACAUCGAGGGACAAUAAAGGUGAUAUAAUUUGUGAUAUACAUAUAAUAUAUAAUAAUAAACUCACAUAAAGCAAGA